AUUGAACCGCCGCGAAAGCCGAAUAUAGUAUUACAACCUUCCAUAGUUGACAGAAGGGCAUUUAAAAUCCAAUACGUAGAAGAAUGCGUGUAUAAUCGAGAGCGAUUUUUCCGCUUAUUAUGAGCGAAAAAUAAACUCAUGGUGUAUUCAACAGUUGAUGACUGCAUCAAUAAUUUGUUGUAAUUUGUGUGACAGUGGUGGUGAUGUGCUAGUAAAUCGUUUUAAGGGUCUCUAGGGCCUAGUACGAUACGAGGGUCGGCAUUUAUCAUGCAGGCCCUUUGAAGUGUUCGGACAUGGGCUGUAUAAGGGGCUCGGGGGCCCUCGUCGGGCUCGUGGGGUUGCUGUUGAUCGUCAAAUGCGAUGGAGGUGAAGCUGAACCCGAGAAAUUGCAAUUUGAAGCCGCUUUUCAAGGACGAUGCGACGAAAACAGUCCCUGCCAGCAACUUUGUUAUGAAUUACACGAUGGAAUGUAUGAAUGCGACUGUAGAGAAGGAUUUAUAUUAAGAGAAGAUGGUUAUAGCUGUUAUGAAAUAAAUUCAACCGCUUUACCACCUUCCAUAGAAGAUCUAAGAUAUAGCAAUGCCAUAAAAGACAUCCUGUAUCAAAAGGACGCAGUAAUAGAUGUAGUUGAAUUUUCACCAAAGAAUAUGACAGACACUAGUGAAAUUUCUAAAUCGCCAUCUGAAAAAAUCAAUUUCACGACACAAGGGCCUUGUUUAGAACAGAAAAUGACAUCGGAAAGUUCAACGGCGUCCAAAUCGACGAAACCUGUAACGCCACCCCCAGCGGAUAACGUAUCGGUGACGACAUCGACGGUUAAAGCUUGUUCUUUAGAUUGCGGUCCUGGAGGAGGAUGCAGUUUAGAAAAUUUAGAUGAUUCACCGAUGUGUCUUUGUCCUCUUGGACGUGGUGGUGAUAGAUGCGAUGUUGACAAGGAGAUUCAAUCGCCUCGUUUUACCGGUUCCAGUUGGUUAGCGUUUCCCGCUUUACGAGGGGCGUACAAACACGUCCAACUCAGCUUGGAAUUAAGACCAGAAGCAUAUGAUGGAAUUUUUUUCCUAACCGGUGAAAGGGACGAUAUGGAGGGGGAUUUUAUGGCUCUGUUGCUUCAUCAGGGAUUCGUUGAGUUUCGAUUCGAUUGCGGUUCGGGUGUAGGUGUCGUACGUUCCGAAGAAACGAUCCUUUUAAAUCAAUGGAAUCACAUUACCUUAUACAGACAUCGCUGGGACGCUUGGCUUCAAUUGAACUUAGGUAAACACGUGCAAGGACGAAGCAAAGGACUUUUUUCCAGGAUAACAUUCAGAGAACCGCUCUUUAUCGGCGGCCCAGGUAAUAUGACGGGAUUGUCCGAAAAAUUGCCGGUGUCUAUUGGCAUGAAAGGUUGUAUAAGACAUUUGGAAUUGAACGAUCACGCUUACAAAUUCGCGUCGGAGCCUCAAGGAGAAGCCACUAAAGGAUACGGAAUCGUGGAGUGUACGGCGGAUCGUUGCAGCCACGUACCAUGCCAACAUGGAGGAAAAUGCCUUACCAAUGAUAAUUCCGCAAUAUGUCUUUGCCCUUUGGGGUUUUCCGGGGAUUUGUGUGAAAUACGAGUUGAUUUGCAGGUGCCUUCCUUUAACGGAUCAAGUCAUUUAAGAUAUCGAGGACUUGGAGAAAGCGCUCUAACAUGGUUAGAUCUAGACGUCACCUUCAAACCAACUGCCCCUGACGGCCUUCUUUUAUACAACGGGCACCGUAUAGACGGUGGCGGCGAUUUCGUAGGUCUUUACUUGGAAAAAAGUUUUUUGAUAUUUAAAUAUAAUUUGGGAACCGGUUCAGUUGCUGUCAAGAGUCAAUAUAGAGUAUCCAUGGGAGAAUGGCAUCAGUUGCGAAUUUCACGAACCGGUCGUUUAGCUAUCCUAACCGUCGACAACCAGUUACCCAUGGAAGUUCUAAGUCCGGGUGCUUUCACGCAAUUAUCGCUUCCACAAAAUCUCUAUUUAGGCGGAGUUCCAAACUUCGGGAUAGUUUCUUCGCACAUCAAAACUAAAACUUCGUUCGUCGGUUGUAUACAACAAGUUCGAAUUAACGGUAAACCGGUAUCUAUACUCGCCGAGGCCUUAGGGGGCGCUAAUGUCGAUAAUUGUCCGCAUCCGUGUGUCGCCAGACCUUGUGGAGAAGACGGCGAAUGUGUUCCCGAAAUGGAAUACUUUUCUUGCAAAUGUAAACCCGGUUAUCGAGAUCAUCUUUGUUCGAGAGGUCCGCCAUAUUUUCACGGCACCAAUAGCUACAUUCAUUUAAACGAUAUGAAGACGAUGGACGCCAUUUCGACGAACCCUUUUGUGGUAAACGUUCGUUUCAAAAUUUCCUCCAUAUCCGGUUUACUCCUUUGCGCUUUCGAUAGCGAUAAUUACAUUUCAUUGGGAUUAGAAAAUGGAGCUCUGGUACUUCGAUUCAGCGACAAAGAAUGGGAAGAAGAAAUCAAAGUUGUUCAUAAUUCGACUACUGUUAAUGACAGAUUGUGGCAUCGAGUGAAAGCUGUCAGAAGUGGAUCUGCGGGUUUGUUGAUAGUAGAUAACGGCGCUGCAAUAACUCGUCAAUCAGUAGAUGUAUCCAAAAAAAGGAUAUUCAAUUCGAAAGACGAAGGCCUAUAUAUAGGAGGUAUGCCACAAACGGCGCUAGAAACUCUAACGAAAUAUACGACAAGUGUGAUUGGUUGUAUUGCAGAUUUAGUCAUAAAUACGGAUUUUCAUCUCAAAAUGAUCACGCAUUCCGAAAUCGGUCACAACGUAAGCGAAUGCGAAGCAUGAGUCAAUUAAAUCAUACAAAUCGAGUCAAUAAUUAGCGCAAUUGUGACCAAAACGGCACCCGUAUCGCGAUUUAUAAACGGGGCCUACGUUUUAUUUUUUAUUUUUUAAUGGAAAAAGUGUAAAAUCUUUCUGUCUGACAAAGUGUGAACCUCAUUUCUUAUCUUCACUGACAUUCGUGUGCUAAUUGUGUGAACAAAAUAAGGCUGAUAUUGAAGAGAUAUUUCUUAGCGAGAUGCGGUCAUAACAAAUCAUAGUAGAGUAGCAAUUUACGAGGAAAUGGUCCUGGAAAAACCUCUUCAUUGUUGGACAAUCUUUUACCACCACAGAAAAUGGAGGCCAAAUCUUACGUUUGAGGUAGCGAUUCAAACUUUAUAUGUGACCUGCUGCAUUGUCACUUUCCUCUUAGUCAAAUCCGUCUGUUUCUGCUUGAUAUCUUCGCUCAAAUGUUGCAAUAAUACUCGCCCUUCAUAGUUUUUCCUUUCUCGAUGAUAAACAAUGAGAAUUAUCUCAUAAAACCGACGCCAUAGCCUCACCUGCAGAUGGAACAAUGUUUGGUUUCUUUGAAACCAGGUCCUCCCUCUUCAGUCCAUAUUUUGAUUGUUACUUUGUUGUGGAUGUAAAGUGACGAACCCACGAUCUAAUCAUGGUUACGAAACAACUUUAUUUCUGUGAAACUUUGCCAAAAACACGAUGGAAACGCUAUUUAUGUUUUACCACCACUCGGACGGCUAAAUCUCACGCAUGAGGUAGCAAUUCAAGCUUUAAAUCACUAAAUUCGGCUAUUGCAAUCACGGAUAUGUGACCUGGUGCAUUGUCACUUUCCUCUUAGUCAAAUGCGUCUGUUUUUGCUUGACAUCUUCGCUCAAACGUCGCAAUAAUAAUGGUUCUUCAUAGUUUUUCCUUUCUUGAUAACCUUACCUGCAGAUGGAACAGUCUUUGGCUCCUUUGAAACUAGGUCCUCCCUCUUCAGUCCAUUGUUUUGAUUGUUAUUUUGUUUCGGGUGUGAAGCUCCAUCCAUGGUUAUGAAACAUUAUCAAACACUCGAUGAAAACAUCUUCACGACGCUGUUUUUGUUCAAACGUGGCACCCAACGUGCACGCAGCUUUUUCAUGUCCAAAUUUUCAUUUAAUAAUCGAUGUAAAUGCUUUCUAUGCCUUCUAGCUCGCACACUUUCAGUUCACCAUCAUCCAGCGGAUUUUCCUCAACAUUUCUGGAAUCGUCACCUCAUUUGGUCGACCACUGCGUUGCUGGUCUUCGCACUAAACAACUUGGCGUCUUCAAACUAUAGUUUGUGUACUUUUAAAGCAACUACCGCCAUCUCUAAGUCGGUACAGGUACUUCUGCGAUCAUCCGCCAUUAAAUGAACAUAGAAAUUCACAAUAAAAAAAGUAAAUACGGGAAGAAGACAACAUGAAAAAAGAUAAAGACGAUAAAUAAUGAAAUAAACAAAAACAACAAUAAAAUAAAGAUUAAAGAAGAAAAACAAAAAGUGAAAAAAAAAACAAAGAAACUGACAAAACAACGCUUUAAAAAUUAUUUAUUAUGAUAAUUUGAUCAAUUCUUCUUUAUCUUAACACACCGAUUUUUCCAGGAGUUGUUGCUGAACAGCAACCGCGUUCCAGUUAUUUUAAUAUCCUCAAUCGAUUGUUUCCACCACGUUUUCAAUUUUGAGGGAAAAAACGAGUCUCGGAGCUGUAAAUGCGGCGAAUAGGGUGGCUAAAAACCACGAUUUGUUUUCGCGAAGUCUUAUAUCAUUUGGUGAUAAUAAUCGUUCAUUUUGAUGAUCGAAGUGAAAAAAAAAUCACCUUUCAUCUUGUUCCAUUCUCAAUUUCUUCUGAUUUUUCAUAAUCACAUUUAUAUAAUAGUUUCUUAUCGGUAAAUUUUGAGGUUUAGCUUCCGCAUUAACUUCGAACUCGACGUUUUGAAUAGAAAUAGAUGUUAAGGGAAAUCAAACCCAGGAAACGAUGAUGUACUGUUGAAAUGACAUUUAGCUGAUCUUCUUUUUUUUCGUAGUGCCUUGACUAUCAUCAUGACAAUCUUUAUUUUAUCAGCAGCAACGCGGAAAAGUUGAAAAGAGGUUUCAUUGAACCAGAUUCUAAUCCAGGAUGUUUGUCUUCUUCCUAGUCCUCUUUUACCAAAUAUUUUAUUUUGUUAUGUGGCCGAAGUAUUUUAAUUUACGAUUUUUUUCAUUGUUAUUAUCACUACUCGUUGUUUUUAUGCUUAAUUUUUUACCAGAACGGUCUAGGGAAUCUUGAAUAUUUGUCUAUGAAACCAAAUGUCAUAUCUUCAUCCAAAAUCCAGGAUUGGACUUCAUAAAACAGAUCAGAGGAGUUGUAGCAUUUCAAAAUUCCUUUUUGUAUUUUAAAGAAGAGAUUUUCCAUGCGUGUCCACAUCUUGAUAUAAAGAUGAUGAAUUCAUUGUAUAUGCUGCAUUAUACAAGUUUUUGUUAAUAAUUUUGCUACUCUACUAUACAGUGCCUUAUAAUAACAUCUUAUAACGAAGAAAUUCUUUUAAGGCCGUUAUGUUUGUAACCGUAUCUUUUCUAAAUGGAUAUGAUUCUGUAAUUUGAAGAAAUAAUCGUAUUUUUCUCAAAAUAAAUUCUAAAUUUCAAUAUUACGAUAAAUGCACGGUUCUUUAUACAAAAAUUAACAUAUACCAUCAUCAAAUGCCUUUCAAAAAUUCAUUAUAUUUAACAGUGAAUCAAAAAAAGUCGUCCUUGAAUGUAAAAACUGAAAUAAUCUACUCAUUCACCACGAGUUUAAUAUAAUUUCGAAAUUACAGAAACAAAACCAUAUUAAGGGUAGAUUUAUAUGUAUAUUGUCCACCAAAAAGGGGCACAAUUCGUGGGGGAAUUUGUGUUUAGGAUUGUAGAUAGUAAAGGGAUAAAGGUAAGAUCGGGCUUCUGUAUGAAACGUGAAAAAAUAUCUGUGAUACUUAAAAUUGUACGUUCAGUAUACGUUUUUCGAAAAAAAUAAAAAUUCGUGUGAAUAUACAAAAAAAUGGUGCUGGGUACCAGUGAAUUUGAACCGAACUAAUCACGAUCAUCGAAAAAUGAAGAAAGAAAUUAAUAAUGUAAAUGAAAGUCUUCCUAAAAUCUCCCAAUUGGAGAUCAGACUUAAAACCACGGAACUUACAAACUGAUUACAUCUUUGGAAAAUCGCUCGCACAUUUGGAGACAUCUCCACACCACUUAAACUACUUUUUACAUAAAAUUUUAACUCUAAAGUCACAUACAAACUUUAUUAAGAGAAUAAUAUCAAAAAAUAAUCGCAGUUUUCUCGAUUUAUAACUUGUCUUUCUAUGCUUUAUGGACUGUAUGGUAGAAAUGUCCUUGUGGUAGAGUUGACCAGUAUGUACGAUCGUCCAAACGGUCUAAAACGAUUCAUUUGGUUAUAUUUUAAGCACAAAAUGCGUUUUAUUCCAAAAGGUCGUUGACCUGACUUUAUUUCUCCGAUUACCGCCGACAACUUCAAAUUUUCGAGACUCAUUUCUUUGGAGAAGUGCAAAUCUGUGGAUUUAGCUACCAAAUCACGAUUUUCUCGAGCACUACAACCUACAGAAGUUCAAUAUCCACUGAUAUCUCUACACGACAGGUACCAUUCGAGGUUAAACUUCUUGUACCUGAUUCUUACAAAAAAAACAACGUAUGUAUAGUCCAUCUUCUUACUGAGCCUUUUCUAUAUACACUCAAAUGUUACAAUUUGACUCAUAUUCUUCGAUGUCUUUAACCGUUCUUUGAUAUUCUUCAAACUGGUUUUCAAUUUUCAUAUUUUGGUUGUUGUAUUCCGAUAAAUUUGAUCCAUCACCAAUUCCCUAGGUGUUGAAUUGUUUUUACUAGUUCCAGUUAUAGUAAAAAAAUCCGAUUUUCGUCUAUCAAAUCUACUAAUUUUCUCUGUGACAAUAGAAACUGAAAAUUCACUUGAAAACUCGAAUGGAUCCGACUGUAAACUUGUUGAUUUACCAUACAGUCGUGAGCAUUUUAAUAACUAUGAUCAUCGUAAAUAGAAGUAGAUGAUAGGUAGUAAUAGAUGGGGUAGUUUUAUACUUCAAAUGUUUUCUAUUGAACUUUGUGUUUCCGAAAUUUACAAACAAAUUGAUCUUCUUAAUUUGUAUGUUUUGUACUUACAAAACGCAUAGUUAGUAAAGCGAAUUUUUUACUCUUAUAAAUUUUAAUUAAUAGUUUACGUUAAUGUCCAAAAACUCCUUACCUGAAGAAGGAUUUGACGUUGGUAUUUGAUUCCUUCCCCUUUCCAUUCACAGCUUUCAAACAUUCCAUCUUCAAUCCAAGUGUAAUGUAACGACAUUUUUUGGUCUACAAAAGACACGUACUUAAAAUUGUUGAUAUUAAGACCUUUGAAGCCAAGUUUCCACAGGUUUUUUACAUUCUAACUGAAUGAGCAACUGAAGUAGAUGGUUUCAAAUGUCCAUCAUGUAAAACCACAGUUUUCGAUAAAUAUUUUGAUGAACAAACACCAUGGAAUUAGUAUAUAAAUACUAUAAGAUUCUAUUAGGUCAAAAGAUAUAAUACCGUGAAGAAAUUGAUACAAGUAUUUUUAAAAAACAUCCCUGUUGUGUAUAUCCUCCCUCUCUUAUCAGUGACUGAUUAAUAUUUCUCUUUUUCUAUAUCUACGAUUUUGAUAAAUCUAACACGAUUUUUGUCAAUUAUUUUAAAGAAAUUUUCAAUAAAAUAAUUAUUUUCGUUAUUUUCGAAUGUAAACUGAACGUUAUUGAAGAGCAAAUAAUAAAAAAACCAUAUCAUUUAGAUAAGAAUAGUUUUUAACAUCUUUUACAAGAUUCUUAUUUUUUUUUGACAUUAAGAACUUGAAUACACACCGUUAAUGAGAAUUUUUAAGAAGUUUUUCCUCCCCUCUUUGAUAUAAUAUCAAAAAUACGUAAUAAAUUAUGUCAUUCUUGUUUUUUAUAUACCUAUAACGUAGCGCUGAUUAAAUUCAUUUUUACUUUGUUAUACCAAAUAAAAGAAUUGAUUUAGCAACAAAUCGAGAAUAAUUAUCCACAUCGUGUUGGUACUGAUAAAUCGUAAAUGAAAAUACAUAUACAGUGUGUAUCUAAAGUCUAUUAAUUUGAAAAUUCGGAUAUUUUUUCACGUCCUACACUUUUCGCAAUAAACUUAGAUACUAAUUGGUCCAGUGUAAAACAAUUCACCUUGUUAUAUAACUAUGUAUAUGAACUCUAAUUUGUACAGGUAGACUAAUUUCUGUGUUGAAUAAAUGCUUUUGAUCUAA